UCAUCCAGGCUUCCUUCAGUGUUAGUCAAAGGAUGCUAUCGACCAUCAUCUGCGCUAAUGCGAAGUAUUCCAAUUACUACUUCGACCUUGGCUCGAAAGCAGGAAGACUUUUGGUCCAAAAACACUCGUUUGAAUAGACCAAUGUCACCUCACUUAACAAUCUACAGUCCACAGUUGACUUCAAUGUUGUCAAUAACUCACCGUGGAACAGGAAUUGCUAUGACAGCAGUGACAACUGGAUUUGCCCUGGCUGCUCUCGGACUGCCAGAGAACUUUGAGCAUUAUUUAAAUUUGGUGAAAGCUUUAGAAAUCCCUGCUUUUAUAAUCUUCAGUGGAAAAACUGCCUUGGCAUGGCCACUGUGUUACCAUUCAUUCAAUGGGAUCAGACAUUUGGCAUGGGAUCUUGGUCAUGGCUUUGACAUGAAUAUUCUCUACAAGACUGGUUGGUUUGUGUUUAUUGGUUCCAUGGGUGCUGCUGCUGCUCUGGCUUAUUUCCUGUGAAUCAAACUUGAAUUUUGUGACUUGAUAAAAUACAGGGAAGCAGAGGAGUUCUAAGAAACAUGUUCUUUGCUUUGUUAACCCUUUAACUCCCAUUAGUGAUUAACAGAUAACUUCUCCCUGUAACAUCCACACAUUAUCCAGCUAACAUGUUAUAAGAAUACUCAAACUUAUCAGGUAAAAGUUAGUACCCUUGAUCUAACACCAAAUUCUCAUGACUCAUUUACAAGGAAAUGUGUAGCAGCUAGAGGGGAGAAUUAACAAUCAGAUCUUGGGAGUUAAAGGGUUAAGUUUUGCACUGACCACAUUAUAGACUUUCUAGUUUUACAAAUAUGUAAAUCUGAUUUAAAUAUCUAUUGUUGUUUCAUUUAAAACACAAAUAGGACUGAAAGUCGAACCAAGAGCACAUUGGAGAGCAGCUUUUUGUUAGAGCUUACAUUUACACAAUGGAUUAUUUAUGAGAAAAUUCUGAAACAGGUCCAUAUUUUUUUCCACUAUAAAAGUCCAAAGAACAGUCCUUGGUGUCAACAUCAAACUCCUGGUAUUUUUCCUGUCAUAUAUCCUAUCUGUUAUUGGGAGUGAAACAUCACCAAGGAUUUCAUGGUUUUUUAGACUAAAAUUUUUCCCAAAUUGUCUGAAUUGAAUUGCAUAUUCAGGUAAAAUAAAUGUUAAGGAAUUUUUGAAUGGACCUUCAUUCUUUUCCAGUGAUGCUUUCGACCUGUGCAAUGCAGGUUCAAGUCCUGGUUGAGUCAUAGGCCAGUUAUUUAAACAAAGUUCAGCUGUUGUUUAACAAAACCAUGUUCCUAACUAUCUUCAGUUUGGCUCAGUCUUUAUCUGAAUAAUUAUUUUUGUGACUGGCAUUGUCAAGAAGGCCAAAAGCUUGCAGUGGAAGGAAAUUUAUUUGAUUAAAUCCACCCUCUCAUAGAGAAA